AUGUCUCGAAGUAUGUUAUUUUUCUUCUCGCUACCAUUGCUGACGUUCGCCAUGGUGAUAUGGCCCGAAGUGGUGAAUGACGAAGCUAAACUUAGUCGACCGAAACCCACUAGUUGGAGUGAGAAGAGUCGUGGACAAUGGUGCAGGAAUUUCACCGUUAAUGAACACACACAAUGCCCCGAAGCAUCACUCUUUCACCAGUUCGACUGCUGCGGAAGCAAUAAUACUAAAUGUUGCUUUGCUCUUCAAGGAUGGGUGAGAAGUACUUCCUAUUCACAGUAG